GCUGUCAGAGGCACAAAGCGACUUUACUCCCUACCGGACUGGACAUUUAUCCGAAUCAGAAGCACUUCUGUUCCGAUCUGGAUUAUUCUGCCGAGCUGUUUGGACUUUGCUUUUUCUCUUUGUGGAGUUUGUCAGGACAGCGAGCGCUGUGGAUUUAAUUUAUCCUUCUAACCUGGAGCUGGUGGAAUACUAUUCUGAGUUCAACAUGACUCUGGAGGAGGUCGUCGGAACCAACAGCACCGAGCAAAAGAUGGAGACGGUGAGUCAGGCUGUGGAGGAGCUGCUGGUCGCGGCGCAGCGGCAGGACUGCCUCACGGUGGGGGUGUACGAGUCCGCCAAGCUCAUGAAUGUAGAUCCGGACAGCGUGGUUCUGUGUCUCCUCGCCACGGAUGAGGAAGAUAAGGAUGACAUCGCGCUGCAGAUCCACUUCACGCUGCUUCAGGCUUUCUGCUGUGACAACGACAUCAACAUCGUGCGGGUUUCCGGCGUGCGGCGGCUGUCGCAGCUGCUGGGGGAAGACACCGAGGACAGCAACGCCAAGGAGCCGCGGGACCUGCACUGCAUCCUGGUCACGAACCCUCCGGUGCAGCCUCUGCAGUGCCAGGCCCUGCAGCACGUCAGCAGCUUCUGCGAGCAAAGCCGCUGCAGCAACCAGUGGGUCCCCUGCCUGGAGCUGCGGGACGGCUGACUGAACUGAACUGAACUGAACCGAACCGCCGUGCAGCGGUGAGAAGGAGUUGGAUUUAAGCGACCCGACCUCCUGAAAGAUAGAGGGGGGGGGGGGACGAGCCAGGACCGAACCGACACGAGCUCUCCAGCCGCGUGAUGUGGGUCGACCGGUUCUGAAAGCCGGACCUAGACGUGUUGGAGCAGCUGAGGAAGAGGAGGAAGAGGAGGCUGUUUUCAGGAGUCAGCACGUGACUGGACUGAUGAAUGAGUGGAGAAGAGACGCACGUGGAGACGUGAACGGUGCUGCAGGUGUUUCGGCUCACCUGUGCGCAUGCGCAUGCUCUUGGACUUAAUUAUGAACUUUCAGACACAUUGAAGUCAUAUGUUCAUAUUCAUCAAUGUGUUGACUCGAUCUGAUGAAUAAACUGUUGAAUACA